UGCAGCACCGUUCAGCUCGAGUCCAGGCCGCGCAACACACCACAACUUUGAACCCGAACCAUGCCUCGAGUUUACAUCGGCAGACUUAGCUACCAUGUCCGCGAGAAAGACAUCCAGAGAUUUUUCAGCGGAUAUGGGAAGCUCAUGGAGAUUGAUCUGAAAAAUGGGUAUGGAUUUGUGGAGUUUGAAGACAACCGUGACGCCGACGAUGCCGUGUAUGAGCUGAACGGGAAGGAGCUGUGUGGGGAGCGGGUGAUUGUGGAGCAUGCCCGCGGACCGCGUAGAGACCGAGAUGGCUACGGUGGGGGUUACUGGGGUGGUGGGCGCAGCGGUGGUGGUGGUGGUGGUGGAGGCGGCGGCGGCGGCGGUGGUGGAGGUGGUGGUGGUGGUGGAGGAUACAGCAGCAGCCGGAGUCGCUCUGGCAGGGACAAGUACGGGCCACCGGUUCGUACUGAGUACCGCCUCAUUGUGGAGAACUUGUCCAGCCGCUGCAGCUGGCAAGACCUAAAGGACUUUAUGCGGCAGGCAGGAGAGGUGACCUAUGCAGAUGCCCACAAGGAACGCACCAAUGAGGGAGUGAUUGAGUUCAGGAGUUACUCAGACAUGAAGAGGGCCCUGGACAAACUGGACGGCACGGACAUCAAUGGCAGGAAGAUCCGCCUGGUGGAGGAUCGCCCCAAGAGGAGAAGGUCUUACUCAGGCAGCCGCUCCAGGUCUCGCAGUCGCCGCCGCUCUCGCAGCAGGUCCAGGUCGAGGUCCAGGAGCCGCUCAGGGUCUCACUCCAGAUCUCGUUCCCGUAGCAACAAGAGACGCCAUCAUUCUCGCUCUAAAUCUGGCAGGAAGUCCCGCUCCAAGUCUGCAGGAAGUAAAUCUCGCUCCCGCAGGUCCAGGUCUCGCUCCAAGUCCCGCUCCCGGUCUCGUAAGUCCAGGUCUGGUUCAGCCGAGCGCAAGUCCAAGUCUCGCUCAAAGAGCCGCUCAAAGAGCCGCUCCAAGGUCAAGUCUGAGCGAGACUCUCGCAGCAGGUCCAAGGAGCCCUCAGGAGACAAGAAGUCCCGCAGCCGCUCUGCUUCUCCCAUGGAGAAUGGGAAAGGGGAGCACGCCAAGUCCACAUCCCGCUCCCCAUCGCCUCAGGAGGAUGAGCGUAGGUCCAAGUCCAGAGAGAAACACUCAGCCUCACGCUCAAAGUCCAGAUCCAAGUCCCCCUCCAGGUCUAGGUCUAGGUCCAGAUCAGCUUCUCAGGAAUAGUGUCAAUUUCCCUUUUUGUUUUCUUAAGCUGUAUAUAAGCUGUGCUGUUGAACUAGGUAUCAAUUCAACAAACUUUGCCUUGAGGGUGCGCUUGGCACGACAUUCAAGUGAUUUGUCUUGGCUGUAAUCAAUUUAGUUGGUGAAAUUCUUAAUUUGCUUUCAUAGUCAUAUUUGCCACAUAUUUGCAAAAUUUUGAUCUGGCCUGUCAGGCAAGUGUAAUGCAUUGCCUACUUGCUAACCACUUAAAGUCAAGGCAUCUUUUGCUAAACUGAGUGUUUUGUACUUCACAUUUGAACAAUGUACUGGAUCGUUGGGCACAAAUGACCCAUUAUCCCUUUUUGUUUUUUUAUCGUUGUAGAUUGUGUUUAGUAUCUAAAUGCGUUUGUUUGCUUUUUCAUUUCAUUGAGCCCUCUGAUAAUAGAGCUUGUUUUUUCCAUAUAUUGCUCAAAUGUAACUGCAGCUUUUGAGUUAAAUGCUUGACUUUGUUGCUUAUUUUUAAUUUGCCAUGCUAGAGCUUUACAUUUUGGGGAGCCGCAUUGGACAUAAAGGCCACAUUCCCCUUGGAUUACCUGAAACACCCUUUCACGUCAUCUGUGGAAUAUAGCAUUUCCAUGCUUGCAGGUCCUGACCGGAUGUUUUUUAUUGUAUGUAUAAAUAAAAGGUCUUAAAGAAAA